AUGAAAGAUCUUACCACAGUUAAAUCAGCUGGGUCAAGACCAAGUAUAUAUAGAUCAGGUUCAGGUUAUCCUGAUCUUAGUAUAUCCCAUUCAAAAAUCAUUAAUGUUGAUGAAAAAACUGGGAAAUUAUUAUCUCCUAAGAAUUCAAACUCCGAUUCAUUCGAUACUUUUGAUGAAACUCAUGAAUUAGAAAGGGGUUUGAAAUCAAGACAAGCUCAAUUAUUAGCUUUAGGUGGUGCUAUUGGUACUGGUCUUUUCGUUGGUAGUGGGUCCGCUUUAAGUACUUGUGGUCCUGCUUCUUUAGUUUUAAGUUAUACGAUUAUGAGUUCAGUGGUUUAUUUUGUUAUGAAUAUGUUGGGAGAAAUGACUGCCUUCUUACCAUUACCUGGUAAUGGGGCUCAAUCAUUUGUAAAUGAUUAUCUUUCAUCAUCAUUUGGGUUUGCUGUGGGGUAUAAUUAUUGGUAUGCUUUCUCCAUCUUAAUUGCAGCUGAAGUUACUGCUGCUGCUAUUGUGAUUGAAUAUUGGAUUACCAGCGUUAAUAUUGCCGUUUGGAUUACUAUCUUUUUAGUUAUCUUAACUGUUUUAAAUAUGAGUUCAGUUAAAUAUUUCGGUGAAGCUGAAUUUUGGUUUGCUUCCAUUAAAUUAGUUACUUUAACUGGUUUAAUUAUCUUAGGUAUAGUUCUUUUCUUUGGUGGUGGUCCUCAUCAUGAUAGAUUAGGUUUCAGAUAUUGGAAACAUAGUCCAUUCUCAGAACAUUUAGUUGGUGGAUCAACUGGUCGUUUCUUAGCUGUUUGGACUGCUAUUGUUAAAUCUGGAUUUGCCUUUAUUUGUUCACCAGAAUUAAUUGCUACUACUGGUGGUGAAUGUAAAAAACCAAGAAGAAAUAUUCCAAAGGCUGCUAAUCGUUUUAUUUAUAGAUUAGCUUUCUUUUAUAUUCUUGGUACGUUGGUUAUUAGUGUUAUUGUUGAUAAAAAUAAUCCAGAUUUAUUAAGUGGAUCCGGUAAUGCUGCUGCAUCUCCAUUUGUCAUUGGUAUUCAAAAUGCCGGUAUCCCAGUAUUAAAUCAUAUUAUUAAUGCUGCUAUCUUAACCUCUGCUGCUUCAGCUGGUAAUUCAUUUACUUAUUCUGCUUCAAGAGCUUUAUAUUCCAUGGCUCGUAGAGGUUUAGCUCCAAAGAUUUUUACUAAAGUUAAUCGUUUAGGUGUACCAUACUAUUGUGUUAUGGCAUCUAUUGCUGUUGGGUGUUUAGCUUAUCUUAAUGUCUCAUCUACUUCUGCUAAUGUCUUCAAUUGGUUUGCUAAUAUUACCACCAUUAGUGGAUUCAUUAGUUGGGUAUUGGUUGCUUUUGCUUAUUUAAGAUGGAGAAAAGCUAUCAAAUAUUAUGAAUUAGAAGAUAGAGUCACUUAUAAAACCAUCUUACAACCUUAUGGUGCUUAUUAUGUGAUUGGAUUUAUUGGAUUAGUCUCCAUCACUAAUGGGUAUGGUGUAUUCUUUGAUUUCAACGUGGCUGAUUUCUUAGCUGCUUAUAUUACUUUACCAAUCAUUGUUGUCUUAUAUGUUGGUCAUAGAAUUUAUGAUUAUUAUGUCAAUGGAGUUAAAUAUUGGGUCAAUCCAAUGGAAAAAGUUGAUGUUCUUACCGGAUUAGAUUUGAUUGAAGAAGAAGAUGCUAAUGAACCUGAUCCAAUUCCAAAGAAUACUUUAGAAAGAAUAUGGUUUUGGAUUGCCUAG